UCCGUAUAUCAGCCAUCUUCGUUGGGGAUGGAAGUCAGAAACGCCACCUAGGCUACGCCCUCUUACAGCUUCCUCCCGGAAGUACUUGUGUUUCUUGGCGACCGGUGACAGGCGGUGGUCAAACUACAGGAUGAAUGUUGGGGUGGCUCACAGUGAGGUGAACCCCAACACCAGGGUACUGAACAGUCGAGGGAUAUGGCUGGCUUAUGUUAUAUUGGUGGGCUUCCUACAUAUCAUUCUACUGAGUUUCCCCUUCUUCAGUGUUUCAGUUGUCUGGACCCUGACUAAUGUCAUACAUAACCUUGUGAUGUACCUGUUCCUGCACACUGUUAAAGGUACUCCUUUUGAGACCCCUGACCAGGGAAAGGCAAGGCUACUCACCCACUGGGAACAGAUGGACUAUGGCAUCCAGUUCACUUCAUCUCGCAAGUUCCUAACGAUUAGUCCUAUUGUGCUAUACUUGCUUGCCAGCUUUUACACCAAGUAUGAUGCUGCCCAUUUCCUCAUCAACACAAUCUCCUUGCUCAGCGUCCUCCUUCCAAAACUUCCGCAGUUUCAUGGUGUAAGGAUAUUUGGGAUCAACAAGUACUGAAGGGGAUCCCUUGCCCUAAGCAACGUAUAUCUGACGCAUAUCAUAUACAGUAGUGGUUAACUAAAUAUCAUAUCAUCCGUUGUGCCUUCAAAUGGAGGCUGUCUACACUGGACUGCCUAGCAUGGUGUAUUGGGAAGGAUAUGUGUUCCAGAACUGAAGCCACAUAUAAUGCAAUUCAGCAUCAAGAGUUAAUAACAAAAAUGAUUUUAUGAAAAUAUCUUGACUAAUGUAUUGCAGUGAUUUAAGUACAAAAAUAACAUCGGCCGGUGAAACAAAUGUUGCUUCAUGCCCCCUGCGCUACAAUCAGGCGUUGGGGUUAUGAUGUGCAGCAAGGACUUUGUAUAGUAGGGGACCAAACUAUUGCAACUGUGCACAAUUCAUGCAACUGCUUUCAUGCAAUUAGGGUGAAUGGGGCAUUUUAAAAUUUGCUGUCUAUGAAACAGAAAAGUUAGGGCUUUGUUUAAUAGGGAAAAGGAUGAGGUGUAGCCUUAUACGAAUAAAGACUAGUAGGACCUGAUCAGCUUUUGACAUCAUGAAAAUUAGCUACAUGCAUGUGCAUAAUCAAGAAAAGUCUAGAUUCCAUUAUAUGAACUGUCUGAGGCAAAACCGAGUCAGAUAGUAUUGCCGCCACAAUUCUACCUAGCGCAGAACCCCUCCAGCCUGACCCCUGCACUCUCAAAAUUAACCCCCCUGUCACCACCACUAGCCACCGCUCCUCAGUUCUCAUGAGCUUUCACUCACUCUUCCUUCAGCACCCUUGGUUAUUGACGGUAGUUACUCGUCACCCCAAGUUGGUGCUCCUCUGUUGGUUGUCUGCAAUCUGCUGGAAACUAAACCCUAGGCAGGUGCCUACCUCUAGUUCUUGAGCUGGUCUGGAGAAAUGUGUAUCCGUAAGAUACGUGCCCCUCCUUGUUUUUAUCCUAAAAAUAUACAAAAUAUUAGUAAAAUCCUUAUUGAAAAGGACCUUUGUCAAAAUAAAUUCCAUUUUAUGUACAAAACAUUAUUCCACUUUGGGUUUAAAGGAGUGUUGUUCCCACAUCAGUGCAGAUUGUAUGUAAACACCAGACUGCAUUGGAUUAGUGCUUUUUUUUUUUAAUCUGGUGAGUUUAUAGAACCAACACUUCACCUGAAAAGCUCCUUUGCUGCUUAGGGAUAUAACACGUCGCAUGAAUUUGCUAGAAAUGUGGAUAUGGAAAUAAGUUUGUCAGCUGUUCUUGGUGCAAGUGGUUCUGUUAUAGGUAAAGAGAGAACAUUAUUGUGUUCCAAGAGUAUCUUUCGUUGGCGCACAAAGGGGCAAUGCAUGCCCAGUUCUUAUCCUAUAUUUUAUCCUAUAUCAGAUUCUGCUACUGGCACAGACAUGAAGGAUGGCUUGGAAAUCUCACACGUGUGAAAAAGAAAUUAGAGACGACCAGAUCUUUACAUAUUAUGUGUUAAUUACUGUACUUUUUAUGGUACCGUCUUUAUAAAGAUAAUUUGAAAAUAAAGUUCUGAAUGGAUACACAAUUCGGAAUCCUCAGACCAA